AUGUGGGCCGGACUGUACCUCCGCGCCGCGUGCCUCGCGCUCCUGCUGCCGGCGGCCCCAGCCAGAGGCUACACCGGGAGGAAGGCGCCGGGGCACUUCGCUGCCGAGAGACGCCGGCUGGGCCCCCACGUCUGCCUCUCGGGCUUCGGGAGCGGUUGCUGCCCUGGCUGGGCCCCUUCCUUGGGUGGUGGGCACUGCACCCUGCCCCUCUGCUCCUUUGGCUGUGGGAAUGGCAUCUGCAUUGCUCCCAACGUCUGCUCCUGCCAGGAUGGAGAGCAAGGGGCCACCUGCCCAGAAGCCCACGGAUCCUGCGGGGAGUAUGGUUGUGACCUCAGCUGUAAUCAUGGCGGCUGUCAGGAGGUAGCCCGCGUGUGCCCGGUGGGCUUCUUGAUGACAGAGACAGCUGUUGGCAUCAGAUGUGCAGACAUCGAUGAGUGUUUAAGCUCCUCUUGCGAAGGCCACUGUGUAAACACGGAAGGCGGCUUUGUGUGUGAGUGCGGGCCAGGCAUGCGGCUGUCUGCUGAUCGCCACAGCUGCCAAGACACUGACGAAUGUCUGGGGACGCCCUGUCAGCAGAGAUGUAAGAACAGCAUUGGCAGCUACAAGUGCUCCUGCCGUGCAGGCUUCCAUCUCCAUGGCAACCAGCACUCCUGUAUAGAUGUAAAUGAGUGCCGGAGGCCCCAGGAGAGACGAGUCUGUCACCAUUCCUGCCAUAACACUGUGGGCAGCUUCCUGUGUACGUGCAGACCUGGCUUCAGGCUUCGAGCUGACCGUGUGUCCUGUGAAGCUUUCCCGAAGGCAGUUAUGGCUCCAUCUGCCAUUCUGCAGCCUCGCCAGCACCCUCCAAAGAUGCCCCUGCUACUUCCUGAGGCUGGCCCACCUGCGCUGUCCCCGGGACAUAGCCCCCCUCCAGGCGACCCAGGACACCCUGACGGAGCUUCUACAACGCGCCUGCCACCUCCCGCACUGACUCGAGCCACAUCCUUCCCUAUGCACCUACUCUCCACCCCAGUGCCUAGUGCUUCUCUGCCAGGGACCCCCAGGCCCCCCUCACUUCUCCAGGGGGAAGCAGUGAGGUCCCCUAACUCACCCAAGGGCCCCGAUGGCCCGAGGCUGACAGCCGGGUCCUCUCACUGUCGGCACCUAGGAACCAUAUAUGAGUCAGGGAGCCACUGGACCCAGCCUGGCUGCUCUCAGUGCGUGUGUGAGGAUGGGAAGGUGACCUGUGGACCAGUGAGGUGUGCUGCAGCCUGUUCCCACCCGAUUCCCCCCAGAGAUGGAGGGUGCUGUCCCUCCUGCACAGGCUGCUUUCACAGUGGUGCCAUCAGAGCAGAAGGGGACGUGUUUUCACCUCCCAACGAGAACUGCACUGUGUGUGUCUGUCUGGCUGGAAAUGUGUCGUGCAUCUCUCCAGAGUGUCCCUCUGGUCCUUGCAAGACCCUCCCGCAGUCAGAUUGCUGUACUUGUGUUCCAGGGAGAUGCCAUUUCCAUGGCCGGUGGUACAUGGAUGGGGCUGUGUUCAGUGGAGAUGGUGACGACUGUACCACUUGUGUAUGCCAGAACGGAGAGGUGGAAUGUUCCUUCACGCCGUGUCCAGACCUGGACUGUCCCCGGGAGGAGUGGUGGCUGAGCCCAGGACAGUGCUGCUUCUCUUGCCGGGAGCCCACACCUGCCACAGGCUGCUCUCUUGAUGACAACGGAGUUGAAUUUCCAAUUGGACAGAUCUGGUCACCUGGUGAUCCCUGUGAGUUAUGCAUCUGCCAGGCAGAUGGCUCUGUGAGCUGUAAGAGGACAGACUGUGUGGACUCCUGCCCUCACCCCAUCCGGAUUCCUGGACAGUGCUGCCCAGACUGUUCAGCAGGCUGCACCUACACAGGCAGAAUCUUCUACAACAAUGAGACCUUCCCGUCAGUGCUGGACCCCUGCCUGAGUUGCAUCUGCCUGCUGGGCUCAGUGGCCUGUUCGCCGGUGGACUGCCCCAUCACCUGCACCUACCCCUUCCACCCUGACGGCGAGUGCUGUCCCGUGUGCCGUGACUGCAACUACGAGGGAAGGAAGGUGGUGAACGGCCAGGUGUUCACCUUGGACAACGAACCCUGUACACGGUGCGUGUGCCAGCUGGGGGAGGUGAGCUGCGAGAGGGUCCCCUGCCAGCGGGCCUGUGCUGACCCCUCCCUAUCACCAGGAGACUGCUGCUCCUCCUGCCAAGAGUACCUGUCUCCUCCAGAAGAAGGUCCGUGGCUCUCACUUCAUGGAGACCUGGCACUCGACAAGGCUGCUCGGAGCCCCCGUGGAGACACCAAGAUCCCUGCCAACUGUAGCUCCUGCCUGGGGCUCCUGCCAGAAUCACCUACAAGACCCACACUCCACUUCCUGCAGCUGCUCUUAAGGACAAACCGGUCUAAUGUGCAUAUGGUACCCACAGGCCUGCCAGGAGCCCAGGCAUCAUCCUUACCCCCAGUGGAGCUAGGGGAGGCCAGAAUCAGCCUCCCCCCUGAGCCCUCAACAGGGCCGUCUGUCCUUUCUGGACCCUCCUCUACUCUACCUCCAGCCUCCCUGGGGGCUCCUUCACCACCUGUUACUCCAGAGCGCUCCUUGUUAGCCUCCAGGGCCUGGACAAGGUCCAGCUGGUUUCUGCCUGUCACCCCCACGACCAAAGCUUCAGCACCUUCCACAACAGACCCUGGCCCCUCAGAGACCCCUAGCACCCCCUUGAGACCUCACACGCUCUCUGCAGCCCUCAUGGCCACCCCCGACCCUGGCCCUCAGCAGCCCACAGUAGGGACUGCAAGGAAGGAAGAGUCUACAAUUUGAGCAGGUCACUGUGCCUGGGAGAUUCUGGACAGAGCUUUGCCAAGUGGUUCAGGGAGUAUGCUUGGGCCUGGAGGGCAUACCUGGUGGGCCACCAAAGGUUCUCUCCCACAUAAGCUCCUGGUUGGGAUGAAACCCUCAAGGCUGAUAUCAUCUUGCCCCUGGAGGCAUGGAAGUCUUCCUGAGAAUUACAUAGAUGGUUUUCUCUGUGGUCAGCGUUCUCCAUAGGCUGCACAGUUGCCUUGUCUUGUGAGAAGGUUGGGGCUGGUGAGCCCGCUCUGAGCAGAGUCACAUGGGGCUGACAUCCCGCUGCGACUGGAGGCACAGCUGCUAUGCAUUCUUAUCUGAGAUGUCCUGAUUAAAGGCUGUCCUGGUUUCCCCA